CCACCAGCGAACUUCCGUCUCUAACCAGCAUAGCAUCAAUUCUGCUUCGAGGGCUGGCCUCGUCUCUGUCUCUCACCGUCCCCUUAUUAUCGUUCCCUCUUGCCGCCCGGUUGCUCAGUGCUCGGUGGCGCCGUUUCCGUGCAACACGAAUCGAUUAACAACUUCGAUUGCUCGGUGCCGCCGUUGAUUCACAGAGAGAGGGAGAGAGAGAGAGAGAGAGAGAGAGAGAGAGAGAGAGAGAGAGAGAGAGAGAGAGAGAGAGAUGGGUUUUACGAAAGAUCAGUUGCUCGCGCGUUUACAGGAGCUUCAAAUUGAAUUUUCCAAAUAUGAUCAUCCUGUUGUUUUGACAGUUGAAGCUCAGGCUAAAUAUGUUGGGCACCUUAAAGGUGCAUUGAGCAAAAAUCUAUUCUUAAAGGAUAAGAAGCAUAGGUAUUACAUUGUUUCUGCUUUGGCGGAUACCAAAGUAGAUCUGAAAGUUCUAUCUCAGAGGCUUGGUCUGGGAAAAGCUGGUCUAAGAAUGGCUCCUGAAGAAUCAUUGCAUGAAAUACUUCAGGUUCCUCUUGGCUGUGUUACUCCAUUCGCUCUAGUGAAUGAUUCAGCCCAGCAUGUGUCAUUGUUGUUGGAUAAGGGAUUUAAAAAUCAGGAGUGCUGCUUCUUCCACCCAUUAUCUAAUGAGGCAUCAAUUUCUAUUAAUGCCCGUGAUCUCGAGAAGUUUCUGAAAUUUAUAGGAAAAGAUCCAGCCUAUGUUGACCUGGAGGCUAACCCUUCAGUAGGGAAGGAUCAACCUCCUGAUCUAGCAACCCUUGUUCCAUCUGAUGCCAUACCCCUGCCAGAUGAUCCAGCUAAAGCAGUUCCCUCACAAGGUCCUGAAAAAGACAGCUCCGUGAAUAAAAAGCCCACAACCGUUGCAGAAAAAGCUCCUAAGCAAUCCAAUGAUUCCAAAAAGGAGAAAUCUACUGGUGCCAAAUUGUCACAUUCCUUUGCUGAUUCUGAGAAAUUCAUCUCAGAAGUACUAGAGAAAACAUCAGCUAUAGUACUUUCAGAGAUUGAGGACGGGAUAAGUAAGCAAAAUGGGCAACAGCUUGGUUCUCUUGUAUCAGACAGUAUUAGAAAACGUCUGAGGGUGGAUUUAAUUAAUUUGGCUACAAUGUUUAAAAAUACAGCAUAUACAGAAGGUUUUCAUGCUGGCACUGUCUCUCGUGGUUCUAGUUCUAGAUGUCUGUGAUGACAUGAGAAAAGCUGCGUAGUGUGGAAAUUGGGAAUUCAUUUAGCAGUGCUGUGAGUUUAUGAGAAAAUCAUGUUCAAACCUCAGGUUGGUACCUUUUUAAUUUUAAUUAUCUUACUGAAAACGUUGUAAUGCAGGAAUAAAUAUGAUUCCCCCCCCCCCCCCCUGAAUUUUACCCUGGUUGCUGAGUGAAUGCAAGUUACUUCUUGUUAAGGAUU